UUCGAGAGUAAGACUAUUUUUGUUAUUCUCUUUCUUAUUUAGUUCAUUAAAAUAGUAAAUGAAGCUGGGCAGUUAUCUCUUUUCUUUUUGUUGUUUAGAAAGAGUGGAAAAUGCCUAAAAAAAAGACUGGUGCCAGGAAGAAGGCAGAGAACCGCAGGGAACGUGAAAAACAACUAAGAGCAUCAAGAAGCACUGUAGAUUUAGCUAAGCACCCAUGUAAUGCUUCAAUGGAAUGUGACAAGUGUCAGAGGCGGCAGAAGAAUAGAGCAUUUUGUUAUUUUUGUAAUGCUGUACAGAAGUUACCAAUCUGUGCACAGUGUGGAAAGACAAAGUGCAUGAUGAAGUCCUCAGACUGUGUCAUAAAGCAUGCUGGUGUAUAUAGUACUGGCCUCGCAAUGGUGGGUGCAAUAUGUGACUUCUGUGAAGCUUGGGUUUGCCAUGGUAGGAAGUGUCUCAGUACACAUGCCUGUGCCUGCCCUCUUACUGAUGCUGAGUGUGUUGAAUGUGAACGGGGUGUAUGGGACCAUGGUGGCAGGAUAUUCAGUUGUUCUUUUUGCCAUAACUUUCUCUGUGAAGACGAUCAAUUUGAGCAUCAAGCCAGCUGCCAAGUACUGGAGGCAGAAACAUUUAAAUGUGUUUCAUGCAAUCGUCUUGGUCAGCAUUCUUGUCUCCGUUGUAAGGCUUGUUUCUGUGAUGAACAUACAAGAAGCAAGGUGUUUAAACAGGAAAAGGGAAAACAACCUCCUUGCCCUAAAUGUGGACAUGAGACUCAGGAGACAAAGGAUCUCAGCAUGUCAACACGCUCCCUGAAAUUUGGCAGGCAGGCUGGAGCCGAAGAGGGAGACGGAGCUUCUGGGUAUGACGCUUAUUGGAAGAACCUUUCGUCUGACAAGUAUGGUGACGCUAGCUACCAUGAGGAGGAGGAGGAGUAUGAAGCAGAUGAUGAUGAAGAGGAAGAAGAUGAAGGUGGAAAGGAUUCAGAUGCUGAGUCGUCAGAUUUGUUUACUAAUUUGAAUUUAGGAAGGACCUAUGCCAGUGGCUAUGCUCACUUUGAGGAACAGGAGAACUAGGUGAGCUACCUGCCUGGUCGGUGGCGGUCCUUUGUGAGACGAGCAGGAUCUGGUGUGUUGAUGAAAAAUAUGUGGGUAUUCAAAAGUACCCUCAGGUAGGCCCUGCGCAGAAGACUACUUUGGGCUAAGGAGUAGGGCAUGGCAUUUUUAAAGGCUUCUAGCAUAAGAAAACAUAUUGCAAAUGUAAGACUUCAUCACUCCAGACAAAUGUAUCGUGGAUUGAAUUAUUAGUGAUUUCAGUAGUCUAGUAAGAUUUUGGCAAUUAAGUACAUAUAUAUAGAACAAAGGGAUAGAAUGGUAAUAUAUUUAUUUGAAAUUACUGAUUUUAUUAAAAAGGAUUGCUUAUAGGGGCCGGGGAUUUAGC